UUUCUGUCUCUCGCUCCUCCUCUUUACUUUCACUCGGAUUUUUUUUCUUUUCUUUCUUUCUCUCCCACCAGUACCACCGACUCUUUUCUUCUUCCAAUGGAAACCACCGCAGCCAACCAAAGCCCUUCUUCGUCGGACGUGGAUGUCACGCCGCGUGGAGAAACCUCUGCCGUCCUUCGAACCCUGCAAUUAAUCCAAUACGACGACCCCGAUUCCAAGCUGCAAGCCGCCAAGGAAAUCCGCCGUCUCGCCAAAACUUCCCAGAGGUGUCGGCGGCUCCUCGCCGACUCUGUUAUCCCACUCGUUUCUAUGCUACGAGUUGAUUCACCCGAGUCCCACAACGAGCCCGCCCUUCUCGCCCUCCUUAACCUUGCCGUUAAAGACGAAAAGAAUAAGAUGAGCACUGUGGAAGCAGGUGCAUUGGAGCCAAUCAUUAGAUUCCUUCAAAGUGAUAACUUAAACCUGCAAGGUUCUGCAACAGCAGCGUUGCUCACUCUGUCAGCUUCUGUCAAUAACAAGACGAUUAUUGGCGCAUCCGGUGCCAUUCCUUUGCUUGUUCAUAUGCUUAGACAUGGACCCACACAAUCUAAGGUUGAUGCUGUGACGGCUCUAUCCAAUCUCUCCACACAUCCUAACAACCUUACCGCCAUAAAUGAAACCGGUCCCAUCCCCUCCAUUGUUAGUUUACUGAAAGCCUCGAAAAAGUCUUCAAAAGCAGCCGAGAAAUGCUGUUCCGUGAUAGCAUCCUUGGUGUGUUUCGAUGAAGGAAGAACCGCUUUGGCAGCUGAAGACUGCGGAAUAUUAGCAGUCGUCGAGGUGCUCGAGAACGGCACUCUCCAAGCCAGGGAACAUGCUGUUGGGGCACUGCUGACAACAUGCGAGAGUGACCGAUGUAAAUAUAGGGAACCGAUUCUUAGAGAAGGUGUGAUUCCUGGACUGUUGGAGUCAACGGUGCAAGGAACACCCAAGUCCCAGACGAAAGCCAAGUCACUUUUGAGGUUAUUGAGGGAGAGUCCGUAUCCGAGAUCCGAGCUUCAACCUGACACAAUAGAGAACAUCGUUUGCAACAUAAUAUCUCAGAUGGAUGGAGAGGACCAAUCUAGUAAAGCAAAGAAGAUGGUGGCUGAGAUGGUCCAAGUCAGCAUGGAGCAGAGCUUGAGACAUUUACAGCAGAGAGCUCUAGUUUGCACCCCAACUGAUUUAUGAUCGCUUCCGUUUUCCUUUUUUUUUUGGUGGUGUUUUGUUACGUAAAGAAGUUACCAUAUAGUGAAAGAUGCCAGUCCAGUCCAGGCCGUUUGUGGUGGUGUCGGGUGACUGGUAAAGGAAAGUGUGAAUAAACUGGAAGUUAUAUGAUGGUGUACGCAUGUAUAUACUCUAGUUUGGUUGUAUAGAAACUGUCAUAUGUUGUAAUACAUUAUACAAUCAAUCAAGUUCUUCUCCCUUUCUCCA